AUGUCCUUUUUCUUUGGUCAUCUGCCAAUCUUCUGGAGAAUGCUGAGGAAGCAGGAGUUUAUGCAUGAUCUCUUCCUGCACUGGGCAGAGAAAUACGGACCUAUUGUACGGUUUAAUGCCUUUCACAGAGUGUCAAUAAUGAUUCUGAGUCCUGAAGGAGUGAAGGAGUUCUUGAUGUCACCUCAGUACCCAAAGGAUCGGCUGAUUUAUGGUCGUAUCUGCAACUUAUUUGGUGAGAGAUUUAUAGGAAAUGGCUUGGUAACUGUUUGCGACCACGAGCAUUGGCACAAGCAGCGGAGGAUAAUGGAUCCAGCUUUCAGCCGAACCUACCUGAUUGGUCUGAUGGAAACUUUUAAUGAAAAAGCAGAGGAGCUGAUGGAGAAACUAGAGGAAAAGGCAGAUGGAAAAAAAGAGUUUAGCAUGCUGACGAUGAUGAACCGAGUGACUAUGGAUAUCAUUGCAAAGGUAGCCUUUGGCAUGGAACUAAACGCACUGAGCGAUGACCAGACGCCUUUCCCUCAUGCUGUGACCAUGGUUUUGGAGGGAAUGACCAAGCAGCGUAUCCCCUUCAUACGGUACAUGCCAGGGAAACAGAAGCUGGUCAGGGAGGUGAAGGAGAGCGUGAGGCUGCUGCGGCGUGUGGGGAAGGAGUGCAUUGACCAGAGGAGAGAGGCAAUCCAGAAUGGGAAGGAAGCCACACUGGAUAUUCUUACACAGAUACUGAAAGGAGAUGCUCUGGAGGAAACUAGAGAUGAUGAAAACAUUAUUGAUAACUUUAUCACUUUCUUUGUUGCAGGUCAUGAGACUACUGCCAAUCAGUUGGCAUUUACAGUAAUGGCACUGGGUCAGCAUCCUGAAAUACUGGAAAGACUUCAGGCCGAAGUGGAUGAAGUUCUUGGUGCCAAGAGAGACAUUGACUAUGAGGAUCUUGGCAAACUCACAUACUUAUCACAGGUUCUGAAGGAAUCUCUGCGGCUGUACCCACCUGUCCCAGGCACCUUACGCUGGUUGAAGAAGGAGCACGUCAUCGAUGGCAUCAGAAUUCCUGCAAACACCACGCUUUUUUUCAGCACUUAUAUAAUGGGAAGGAUGGAAAAGUAUUUCAAGGAUCCACUGACUUUCGAUCCAGACCGAUUUAGCAAAGAUGCACCUAAGCCAUAUUACUGCUAUUUUCCAUUCUCUCUGGGCCCCAGAUCCUGCAUCGGGCAGGCAUUUGCACAGAUGGAGGCGAAAGUGGUGAUGGCAAAACUGCUGCAGAGGUUUGAGUUCCAGUUAGUACCAGGGCAGAGUUUUAAGCUCUUGGAAGCUGGAACCUUUAGGCCACUAGAUGGAGUAAUGUGUAAAUUAAAGCCGAGGAGCUCUGUGAGAGGCUGCCAGUUUUGA